AACCAAAGCCCGGCUUCGUUCCCUUAAAAUUGACAUUGAUGAAACCUUUAUUAUUUAUGAAUGUUAGCGGGAAAUCGGUCUCAAAAGCAUCACGAGAACUUGGGUUUUCGCAUUCAAAUAUUAUAAUCAUACAUGAUGAUAUGCAACGUGAACUCGGCAAACUCAGCAUAAAAAAUGGUGGCAGUGCAAAUGGUCACAACGGAAUUAAAUCAGUGAUUGAUCAUUUGAAAACUGAUGAAUUUCUAAGACUACGAAUUGGUAUAGGAAGACCCCCAAGCGAAAUAGAUGAUCGAUCACAUGAUAUUGUGUCGAAUUUUGUUUUGUCGCGUAUUCCUCCUGAUGAAAUGGAAAUUUACAACAAUGACGUGUUUCCAAGAUGUAAAGAUGAAUUAUUUAAAACUAGUAUAAAUCUCGGAUAGUUUUAUGUGACGUAAUAGACCGGAAAUUAUCUAUAUUGC